AUGGCAGAGAACGGGGUCAUGGACAACGGGGAGACAGACGGAGAAACGCCGCUUCCCCUCCCGAGCCCAACCAAAAACCUGGCAGUGAAGUACACCAAGAUUUUUAUCAACAAUGAAUGGCAUGAGUCUGUGAGCAGAAAGACAUUUGCUACAUUCAACCCAGCAUCAGGGGAAAGAAUUUGUGAUGUGGAGGAGGGUGAUGAGGCUGAUGUGGAUAAAGCAGUAGAGGCUGCAAGAGUAGCAUUCCAGCAAGGCUCCCCGUGGAGAAAUCUGGACACAUCGGCCAGAGGAAGGCUCUUAUGUAAAUGGGCUGAGCUCAUUGAGCGGGACCGGCACAUUCUGGCUACGCUGGAAACUAUGGACACAGGCAAACCCUUUCUGCAAUCCUUUGCCGUUGACUUAGAGGGCUGUAUAAGAACGCUACGUUACUAUGCUGGCUGGGCAGAUAAAAUCCAUGGGAAAAGUAUACCAGUGGAUGGAGAUUUUGUGAUGUUUACAAGACAUGAGCCGGUUGGUGUCUGUGGACAGAUUACACCAUGGAAUUUCCCCCUGUUGAUGUUCAUUUGGAAAGUGGCACCAGCUCUUUGCUGUGGGAACACAGUGGUGAUUAAACCAGCAGAACAGGCACCCCUCACUGCACUUUACAUGGGAGCCUUAAUCAAAGAGGUUCCAUUUCCCCCUGGUGUGGUGAAUAUUGUCCCAGGAUAUGGACCCACUGCUGGGGCAGCUAUCGCCUAUCACAAGGACAUCGAUAAAGUUGCAUUCACUGGUUCCACUGAGGUUGGAAAGUCCAUAACUGAAGCUGCCUCCAAAAGUAACCUGAAGAGAGUGACUCUGGAGCUGGGCGGAAAGAACCCCUGCAUUGUGUUUGCUGACGCCGACUUGACCCUGGCAGUUGACUGUGCUUCACAGGGAGCUUUCUUUAACCAAGGGCAGUGUUGCACUGCUGCUGCUCGAAUAUUUGUCGAGGAGCCAAUCUACGAGGAGUUUGUUCGUCACAGUGUAGAACGGGUCAAAAGACGAGUGGUGGGUAAUCCUUUCGAUCCAAAAACUGAACAAGGACCUCAGAUUGACCAGGUUCAGUUUGAUAAAAUUAUGGAGCUAAUAGAGAGUGGCAAGAAAGAAGGAGCCAAGUUGGAGACUGGUGGCUGUGCCAUUGGAGAUGUGGGUCAUUACAUUCAGCCUACUGUGUUCUCAGAGGUGACGGACAACAUGCGCAUCGCUAGAGAGGAGAUCUUUGGACCAGUGCAAGUGAUAAUGAAGUUUAAAAGCACCGAGGAGGUUAUUAGAAGAGCCAACAAUAGUGAGUUUGGACUGACAGCCGGAGUGUUCACCAGAAGCAUCGACAAAGCUUUGACUGUGGCUUCUGCCCUUCAGUCUGGAACAGUUUGGAUUAAUUGCUAUAAUGCUCUUCAUGCUCAGGCACCAUUUGGAGGCUUCAAAAUGUCUGGAAAUGGAAGAGAACUGGGUGAAUAUGGACUGAGGGAAUACACAGAAGUGAAAACCAUCACUAUCAAAGUCUCACAGAAUAACCAUUAAACUGAUGAGAAAAAGCAAAACGGCAGAAGAGGUUCUCUGCAGAAAAGCUGAAUCAUAAAGACAAGAACACUGACAAAACCAAGUUUUCUAAUUAAAUGAAGCUCUUUAAAUUCUUAAGAAAUAAUUUCUGACUUUGCACAAAAGUAAAUAUUUUGUAUUAGUUUUAACUUAGAAUUUGUAGAUUCAAUCUAAUACACAGCAUUCUAUAAUGGUGACAGCAGGAGUCUACUCUCUGUAUUCAUGUGUAGGAUGUGGAUUAUUGACAGGUUUAAGGGUGCAGGAUGCUGGUUAUUGACAGGUUUAAGGGUGCAGGAUGCUGGUUAUUGACAGGUUUAAGGGUGAAGGAUGCUGGUUAUUGAUAGGUUUAAGGGUGCAGGAUGCUGGUUAUUGACAGGUUUAAGGGUGAAGGAUGCUGGUUAUUGACAGGUUUAAGGGUGCAGGAUGCUGGUUAUUGGCAGGUUUAAGGGUGCAGGAUGCUGGUUAUUGGCCGGUUUAAGGGUGCAGGAUUCUGAUUAUUGACAGUUUUAAAGGUGCAGGAUGCUGGUUAUUGACGGGUUUAAGGGUGAAGAAUGCUGGUUAUUGGCCAGUUUAAGGGUGCAGGACUUUGGUUAUUGACUUUGGUUAUUGACAGGUUUAGGGAUGCAGGAUGCUGGUUAUUGGCCAGUGGGCUAGUUUACGGACAUGGUUUGGAAACACGCCAGUAUUUACGGGACAAUUUUACAAAUUCACACUUUUAGCAUACAGCUUCACUCAGUGGGAGAGUGUCAGUUGUACUUGAACUCUCUAUCUGAGGAUGGCCAUCCAGUAGAUGGACACUCAAUGUGUGUUUCAAUAAUGACAUUAAUGUAGAAAAAUAUCCCAAGGUGUUUCACAAAUGGAUAACAAAAAAUCAGCUAACAAGGGUACAAAUGCAUUGUGGGCAAAGCUCAUUGCAAGGGUUGUGAAUUCGUAAAAUUAUUUUUUGUACAUAAUCAUUAAAUGUAGAAGCAAAUAUAUUUCAAACCUCCCACAUAACAAUCUUAAAGGUGAAAUGUUACAUUUAACUUGUUAAUAACGAACAAUCAUUUGGAUUCAGCGUGGGUGUGGUGGUCUCAAGUUAGCAAUUGUUAACAUCUUGAUCAUUUUUCUUCAGUUGCAGAAAAUAUUUUUAGAUUUACCACAAUUUUAUCUAGUAAAUGUCAUGCAUGUGUAUAAGGGUUUAACUGACGAUUUUCUAGUUUUUGAUGAACUCAUGAAGGUCCGUUACAAUGCCACAUUUUGCUAUAAAUUAUUGUUCGGAUUAUGAGAACUGUCUCUGUAUUUUGAUUAAAGAAAUUUUUCAUUAU